GGCGAGGCGGCCGCACACGGCGCGGCGGGGGCGAUGCGGGCCGCCUGGGUGCUGCUGCCGGCGCUGGCCGCGCUCUCCGCCUACUACGUGUACCUGCCGCUGCCCAGCGCCGUGUCCGACCCCUGGAAGCUGAUGCUGCUGGAUGCCACCUUCCGGGCGGCGCAGCAGAUGGGCCACCUGAUUCACUAUCUGAGAUUCAGCCAUCACUUGAUAGUUCUGAAUUAUUUGAUUUCCACCUUUGAUUUGUACCAGCUGGAGUCUGUCUCCUCUGAAGACAUUAAAGUCACAGAUGCUGUUUUUGACGGUGUGGAAGUCAGAGUGUUUGAACCUCCUGCCAGGGGAGAUGAAAGCCUCAAGCGCGGCGUUAUUUACAUCCAUGGAGGGGGCUGGGCUUUGGCAAGUGCAAGAACAAGCCUUUACAUCAACCUCUGCAGAAUCAUGGCUGACUCUCUGAACGCUGUUGUUGUCUCUAUUGAAUACAGACUGAUUCCAAAGGCGUGCUUCCCUGAGCAAUACCACGAUGCUCUUCGUGCUACAAAGCAUUUCUUGCAGCCUGAUGUCUUAGCUGAGUAUUCAGUUGACCCAAGUCGAAUUGCAAUCUCUGGUGACAGUGCAGGAGGAAAUUUGGCAGCUGCUGUGUGUCAGGAGCUUAGCAAAGAGGAGGAUUUGACCAUCAGACCGAAACUGCAGGCCUUAAUUUAUCCAGUCCUUCAGGCAUUUGACUUCAAUACACCCUCUUACCAGCAGAACAGGAAUAUGCCCGUUCUUCCUCGCCAUGUCAUGAUCAACUACUGGCUGUAUUAUUUCAAUGGUAACCACGACCUGGCUCACGCACUGCUGAUCAACAACCACACCGCUCUGGACGUCGGCCAAGCUCUCUCCUUCAGGGGACGCCUGAACUGGACGUCUCUGCUGCCGCCGUCAUUCAAAAAGGACUACAAGCCCGUGGUGCAAACCACGGGCACGGCCGAGAUCAUCCAGAAGAUGCCAGCGCUGCUGGACGUGCGGGCAGUGCCGCUGCUGGCAGACAACGAGACGCUGCAGCUGCAGCCCAAGACGUACGUGCUGACGUGCGAGAACGACGUGCUGCGGGACGACGGGGCCAUGUACGCCAAGCGCCUGGAGAACGCGGGCGUGGACGUCACGCUCGACCACUUCCACAACUGCUUCCACGGCUGCAUGAUAUUCACCCUCUGGCCCACUGACUUCUCUGCGGCCUUCCAGACCAGGAGCAGCUACAUCAAAUGGCUGGAUGAAAACCUUUGAAGAGAGAGGGUCCCUCUGGAAGGCACAAGGGGGCGUGAGGCUCUGGUGUCUGAUCCUGCGGGAGAGCAAACAGUGAAAAAGUGCACUUUUCCAAAUUCUGACUUCAUCGUUCAGCUGCAGCUGCUGGGGGUGCAGACCACUAAGUGCAGCGUUUACUAGCUCCGUUGGCCUUGACCAGAAAAGUGUUUUGAGAAAUAUUUUUUCAAACUUCAAUUUUUUUUCCACCUUAUUUCAGAUGACUAUUGCCAAACAUAAACAAAUUUUGAGCAGGGAGAUCAGCAUUCCUGUAGGAUUCUUAACUGGCUGCAAAAUUCAAGCUUUGAUUCUUAAUUAGGCACAAAGGUUGGGGUUUUCACAUGAUGUGAGAUAAAGCCAAACACCUUCAUCUACAUCUCAAUAUGUAAAAAUGGGAGCUAGUUUGCAGCAGUGCUGAGCAUCUGAUGUUACAGUGUGAGCACUCAACUUUGAGAGCAGAGCCAUGCAUUUGAAUGACAAGCAUGGAUUUAGGUGUUGGCUUUUAGGCACAUAGACAAAUGGCUCAUUUAAAUUAAAAAAAAAAAAAAAAGCUCUUCUGGGCAGAUGAGAUGAUGCUCGGUAAGUCCCUUAGCCAAACAGGUAAUUCAGCUUUGGAAUUUGGUCUUUACUACCUUUUAGUUAUUUAUAUUUUAAAAAAGGACUAAAUAUAUUUUCAAUAAAAAGUAUGAUAGAAUACACACAAAUAUGUAGGGUAAAAUAAUAUGUGUAGCAGCACAAUCCAGAUUUCUUAGGUGAGUGACCUUCAAAGCUGCUACUUAUUUGGCUAAAGAAUGUGACUUCAUCUGUGUUUAAAGCCUCAGUUGUACGACUCCUUACAGAAAAUACUGAGCUUACUACAAAUAAUCUGCUGUGUGGUUUGCACUAAUGUUUGUAAUUAUUAGUAGAAGUUUUUGUUCAUUAACUUUUCCUUUGUGCUUGUAGUCUUAAUUGUAUUUCCUGCUUCCUGGAAGGAGGGAAGCAAGCAAAUAGAAGUGGGCUCCAAUAUAUAGGGAAGAUUUAAACCUGAGCUUUGCAGCUGAGCUUUGUCUGUCUUGUAGACUGACCCAAAACACUGGGUAAGCUGAUCUUGCUAUUGAGCAGCAAAUCUCUACAGUUUGAGCCAAUCUAUAAAGUUCAGACAGGCAGGACAGGGGAGAGAACCCAUUCGUGUCAGUAUAUAUUGUCCAGCUUUCAGCAGCAAUGAUAGUUGUGUCAAAAGCCCAGUGUUCCUGGGCAAAGAAGAGAGAAGGGUAGAUUAAAUUCAUCCUCAGCUUUAUCACAGACUCCCUGUGGGGCCCUAGGAGAACAAAAGCAAUCUCUUUAUGCUCCACUUCUGCCAGGGAGGGAGUAGUAAUUUCCUACCUCACAAAGGAGCUGUGAAGCUGAAUUCACAGGUGUGUGGGAAGCACAGGGAUGUGAAUGUAACUGGCAGGCAACAACUCCCAUAGCUUUUGACUUUCCAUUCUUCUCCAAGAUCAGGCUUGGAGCAGCCUGUCCCACAGCUGGAGUGCUGCUGGGCUGUGUGUCCUCCUGGGCAGUUGGCUCAUCGCUGUCUUGGCUCCUCUCAGAGUACCCCAAGGUGAGGCUUCUUGGCCCUUGGAGAUCAUAACAGAUUUCAUCAGAGCAUUUCUUAUGGCAGGAUUCUGAAAAGUUCUUUUUAAAAAAUUCAGACCAGGUACUGGUAGAUCGAACUGCCUUCUGACAUUUAAAAUAUAUAGAACAGACUAUUUUCGCUGGGAUUUAAGAAAAUGGCUUUGCUGAAUCACUGCUUCCUAGAAACAUCAGGUUAUUAAGUGGUUGUAUGUGUUAAGAAAGGCUAUUAAGGAGGCAAGGCCUGGAUGUCAGCUCAGUCAUGCAGGCCAAAACUCAUUCCCAGCAUAGGUUCACACGGAGAUCACAAGGCAAAGCUUUUUCAACAGUGGCCCAGAUUCUUCUUCCAUUUAGCUCGUUACAAAGACUCGGUGGAAUUAGAGCAGCCAAGUGACAAUCUGAAUCAGCAUAAAUUUUGAUCAAGAUAUCCAAUUAACACUGCAGAAGAAUUCAAGCUUUUUAUCUAGAUUCAAACUCUCUUUCCUCCUUUUCCCCAUAAACCCAAUAAAGUAGAUAGAAUUUAUGCUUAAAACAGACAGCAACCAAAGUCACGUCUAUUCAAAAGACAAAUUACUAGUCUGCCCCGGAGUCCUUUUCCAUUAUAUGGAGACAGCUACAUUUGCCUGACUUUAAACUAUCACUAAAAUAGUAAAAAAAAUACUGACAACAGGCUUCUUCCUAAAUUUCCCACUUGAAGAGUAGACCAAGUCAGAAAAGAUGUAAUUUAUAUCUACUUGCUGUCAUUAAAAGAUAGUAUAACUGUAGUACUGGAAAAAAAAGUGGUUGAUAUUCUUAUAAAUCCUAUAAUAAUUAAGUUUUCCCGAGAGCUGUCUGCAAAGCUUUAGCUCAGCAUUUGUUUAUAGCUAAGUUAUGAAUAUCUGCUAUGAAGUUAUAAUAUAAUUGCUGCUGGUUUUUUAAACUGAAAUGAAAGGGAGAGCUGGAAUAUAUAUGUUCAUGGAGCGGUUGUAAAUUUCUUUCAUGCACUGAAGCACAAUUAAGUCCUGGCACAAGAAAUUGUAGUAAGUUUAUAACUGGAGUGAACGUGUUUACUGAGUCAUCACCAGCCUGGUGCGACACCGGAGAUCGCAGCACAGCGUGGAUGUUACAGUAUUAACUACUUCUGUCAAAGUAUCUUGACUACUUUUAUCUUGCAGCCAUGUGGUUCAAUACAUGACAGCUGCGAAGAUAAGUGAUGGAUCCUACAACAUAGAAAAAGAGGUCUGAGUUCCAGCUCUGAAAAGACCUUUAGUCAACAGCUGCACAAGACACUUGAUCACAUUCAGUGUAAACCUUGAAAUGUUAGUCCAAACUCAGCUUUCCUCCUCCUUUGCUUUGUUCUCCUUUGCAUGCAGUCCCCGUGCCCGAAACUGAAAGUUUAGGGUUGUUUCCAGCCGUGCUGCUGCAAGCUCCUAGAAACAGCACUAACUCAGGAUUAGGGAAAGCUGAUGCCCGAAAGCAAGGGAUUAAGGUUAAUCCAUGUUGCAACAUCUCGAUUUGUUCAUGUGUUUUCCUCCUUCUCCAAGUGUUUCCUCGGGCGUAACUAGCACCUUCAUCCCUGGGUUCUUUCACAAAGCGGUUUAGGGCACUUUGCAGGUUGUAGGAUCAGACCAGGUGUUUGUAACAAUAUUUCACCUGUGCAUGGUAGAGUCAGUCUUGUAAAAGGAGAUACUCUGUAAGUUUGUCUGCUUAUCCUUUCCUUAAAUCAAUGAGUAUAGCUAGCUACCAUUUUAAGAUAGCUUUUCUUCCCAUCCUACAAUUAGACUUUAUCUCUCUACUGCAAGAAAGCUUUAAAAAAGAAUAAUAAAAAAAGCAAAGACAACUUGCAUAACAACCUGUAAUGAUUCAUAUCCUGCUUUCAUGGACCUGAGCACUAUAUUAGGAGGUUCCCGGUAUUUUGGCCAAUAUUUGAGACAUAAAUUGAGGUUUUGUCUCCCUAAUUUAGGACCUCUUAAAGUAUGGGUGUUCAGCAUUUCUGGAAGCUCUGACCUAUUUAAAGAUGUUUCAUAAUGCAUAAAAAUCACAAAUAAGUUGAAUUUCCUAACCUUAAUUUAAAUAAUUCUAAAAUUGCAUCCCCAGCCAAAGCAGAAAGGCCAUUGUGGGUUUUAAGCCGUAUAGAUAAAAAGAAAUGCUAUUUCUUUAAAAUGUUGUUUUGUAGCAUUUGGGCCUCUGUAUUUUUUUAAUCUCUUACCAAACUUUAUUAGAAACUUUUUAAAAUAAAAUAAAAACAUUAGAACUAGAUAAACUUGAGUUAAACCUUUUAAGCUGCUAUGAUCUGUAACAAUGAAGUUAAAAAAAACCAGCUGGUUUAAUGUUCUCAUAUUUACAAUGUUCAAAACCCCAAAAUACAACAUACUUGAUGUGAAUGCAUUCAAUAACUUACGCAUGACUGAUUUUUGCUUUUUUUCCCAGAGCAGGGGAGAAAUUUGUAAGAUCUAAUUACCAGUGUGAUUUGAGAUGUGCUAUCAAAAUGAAGAACAAAUAAAUAAAGUGAAAUAUGUCUGUGAUUU